AGUCUUUACUCUGAAGAGAGGAGAAAGUGUCGGGCUGUUUGUCAUUCAACACAACGAUUUCAACAUGAAUACAUCUCCGAAGUUCGUUCUCUACCUGACAUGUUUCGUCUUGGGGAAAAUGGUUCAGAUGCAUCAAUUUAUCUUGUCUCCUCAAGUCAGUGGAUUUAUAUCAGCUGAUGUUGGAGACAACUUGACUUUGCAAUGUUUCUAUGAGAGGGAUGAAAAAAAAAUGUAUUGGUACAAACAAACACCAGGACAAAAACCUCGAAUUAUCUCAGUGACGUACAAAUCCACUAAAAGUAUUCCGUUAUUGAAUGAAUUCAAGGACAAUCACCGCUUCACUGUGGAAAAUAUGGAUAAUGCGAGUCACCUAAAUAUCUCAGAUCUGCAGCUUUCAGACUCAGCUACUUACUACUGUUUACAGAGUCGUUCACAUGUGCUUGAGUUUAUGGAGGGCGUCACUGUCAGUGUGAAAGGUUCAGGGUCUAACAUCCAGGCUGUGGUGCAUCAGUCUGAGAGCAUCCAGCCAGGAGGCUCUGUGACUCUCAGCUGUACAGUUCACACUGGGACCUGUGAUGGAGAACACAGUGUUUACUGGGUCAAGAACUCUGAAGAACCUCAGCCUGGACUCAUUUACACCCAUGGAGACAGGAACCAUCAGUGCGAGAGGAAACCUGACACACAGACACACACCUGUGUCUACAACUUGUCAAUGGAGAGACUGAACCGUUCUCAUGCUGGGACCUACUACUGUGCUGUCGCUGCAUGUGGAAACAUUGUGUUUGGAGACGGGACCAAAGUGGACUUUGAAGAGGUGGUGGACUAUCUUCCCUUGGUGUAUUUCCUGAGCGGAGCUUUGGCGUUCACCACAAUCCUGGUUGUUUCUCUGGCUUACACAGCACAAAGAGCGCUCAAGACAAACUGCUGCCAGGGCUCAGAUCCCCAUGCUGCAUCCUCCAAAAUUAAUGCAAAGGAUGAGCAGAAUGAAGACGACCCCUGCUACAUUGCUCACAGGGAGAUACAGAUGAACAGAUCCAGAGGACAGAGGGAUGAUACCUGGAGUGAAUGUGUGUACUUGAGUUUACAGCAGUGCUGUCGCACCAUGCGCACGACAAUGAACUUCACCCUCCUGUCAGCUAUCCUCAGUUGGAUCUCUGUCUCACGUUGUGAAUUUCACGUUGUGGAGGUCCAGACCGGUGAAGAGGUCACGCUGCUGUGUACCAACUACGCGAAUUCCCCCUCUUACAUAUCAUGGUUCAGACUGGAAAACGGAUCCAACACCAGCCACAUCUCCUCCAUGCUCUCCCAUAACACAGUUGCAUCGUACUUCGAUGGGUUUGAAGAAGAAAAGUUCAACAUGACGUCCAACGUCAGUAACGUCUUUCUCCAAAUCAAACAAGUGGAUUUAUCUGACUCUGGACUCUAUAUAUGUGGCUAUAAGGUGGGCACCGACUCCAGCAAAUUCCCAGGAGUUUACAGUGUAACGUAUUUAAAGGUUAAAGAAAAGUCUGAUGAACAAGCAAAUCUGACCAUUGAGAUCCUCAUGGGCGGUCUGAUUAUCAUCCUCAUUAUAAUCAUCAUCGCUCUGGUUCUUAAAAUCUGGAAACUUCAUACAGGUAUUUAUGUGUUUUUUAUUCCAACUUUGCCGAUACAAAGCUCCCUGACUCCUGACCAGAUGUAUUGUUUCUGUCAUUUAGCACAUAAAGAGGCACAGGAUCUACAAGACAGUAAGAAUGUGGGCUCUGAUGACCUGAACUACGCAGGACUGAGUUUCCUUCCAAGAGCAGAGCGGAGCAGAAGGCCUGCUAGAGAGAGAGAGCCGGAGCCUAAUGUUGUGUACGCCACCACCAUGCACUCAAGAAACCACCGGAACUGAAGCUCAGAGAGGAACUGAGGCGUUGUCGUCAGUCUGCUGUUUGUGGAUGGGAGCAGUUGCCAACACUGUAACAAGAUGUUGUGAAAAAUGAUUGUGAUAUCUUUGCCACAAUUUUAUCUUCUCAUUGUACAUGUGUAUCUUGGUGUUGAUGACUGUCCAGUUUUGUUUUAGUCAUGACCUCCGGGGGAUGUCAGGAGAAUGGGGACCGGACUUCCUGCAGUGUUUGCCUUUCAUACAUGAACAAAACAGCAGGACAUUUCUGCUCAUAUUGUAUAUCAAGCAGUAUUGUUGUGAUCCUAAUCCACGAUCACGAUCCAUCACCAAGAUCAGAUGCCACCAUGUUCCACAUUUUCAAUUCAAAUAAAAUGUAUUUCCACCAUCACCCAGAUGGACGUCUGCAGUCUGGUGGAACAUCACUUGUUUGACAGAAAGCAACAGAACAGUCAAGGGUUAAGGUCAAAGGUUUGUCUGACUCUGACUAGUUCACUGCUACAGAGUCGUUUCAGAAACACAUCAGCUGCUGCGUCAAUAUCUAUGUAAUCAUAUCUGGGGGAGUGAUUAAGUUGGAGCCUAUAGACACCAAACAAUGACCUGUUCU